GGAGAGAGGGGACAGAGCCAGUGAGCUAAACAGAGAGAGAAAAUAAAGGGGCGGACUUACUAUCACAUAUACUUGAGAGAGAGAGAGAGAGAGAGAGUUCCAGAACAAUCGUCAACUUGGGACAGAAGUGUUGAUUCCGUGGGAUUAUAAACUAGCAAAAUUGUUUUCUUCCGCUUGAAAUUAAAGAAAAGAUAAAGCAUGAAGCUCAUCUUGUUGAUGGUGUCCACGCUGCUCCUGCUGGUCGGAGAGGGUAGUGCAGAUCGCAUCCUCUCCAGCAAGAGGGUGAAGAGGGACCUGACCAGCCCCCUGCACCGUGGGGGCAUAAGGGACCCGUUUGGCUCCUACUGCCAGAGGAGGGGGGGCUGCUGUCCAGGCCGAGACGACCUGUGCACCGUGCCCUACCUUGACACCAUCUGCUACUGCGACCUGUUCUGCAACCGCACCGUGUCAGACUGCUGCCCUGACUUCUGGGGACAUUGCCUGGGCAUCGAACCCCCCUUCAUCGGCCAAUGUGUAAGAAACGGAAAUAAGUUCUUAUCAGGCCAAACCUACAAGGAGAACUGUAACUUAUGUACAUGUGGGACCACGGGACGCUGGGAGUGUGAGCAGAACGCCUGUCUGAUAGAGAACGACAUGAUCCAGUCUGUCAACAGAGGGGACUAUGGAUGGAAGGCCACUAACUACAGUCAUUUCUAUGGCAUGAGUCUGGAAGAUGGCAUCCGGUACCGACUAGGCACCCAGCGGCCGUCUAGAACCAUCAUGAGUAUGAACCAAAUCCAGAUGAACAUGGACCCACAGAGCGAGCACCUUCCUGGAUACUUCAACGCUGUGGAGAAGUGGCCCGGGAAGAUCCACGAGCCACUGGACCAGGGCAACUGUGCAGCCUCCUGGGCCUUCUCUACCGCAUCGGUGGCCUCGGACCGCAUCUCCAUCCAGUCAAUGGGUCACAUGACUCCCCAGCUCUCGCCGCAGAACCUCAUUUCCUGUGACACACGCAACCAGGGUGGCUGUGCGGGGGGGCGCAUUGACGGUGCCUGGUGGUUCCUGAGGAGAAGAGGGGUGGUGACGGAGGACUGCUACCCCUACGUCCAGCCCAAGCAGACCCCCGUGGAGGCGGGCCGCUGCAUGAUGCAGAGCCGCUCGGUGGGCCGUGGGAAGAGACAGGCCACGCACCGAUGCCCCAACUCACGCAACUACCACAACGACAUCUUCCAGUCCACGCCACCAUACAGGCUCUCCUCCAACGACAAGGAGAUCAUGAAGGAGAUCAUGGAUAAUGGCCCCGUGCAAGCGAUUAUGGAGGUGCAUGAGGACUUCUUUGUGUACAAGAGCGGCAUCUACAAACACACAGAUGUCAGCCUCACUAAACCGCCACAGAGCCGCAGACAUGGCACACACUCCGUCAGGAUCCUCGGAUGGGGAGAGGAGAGAGAUUAUAAUGGACUCCCAAAGAAAUAUUGGAUUGCGGCCAACUCUUGGGGGAAGAACUGGGGCGAGGACGGCUACUUUCGCAUCGCUCGUGGCGAGAAUGAGUGUGAGAUUGAAACCUUUGUGAUCGGCGUGUGGGGGAGGGUCACGAUGGAGGACAUGCACAACCAACCCAACCGCCACCGACGCAACUAGAGACCCUUUCCUUCGACACACAAAAGCUCCCAUGUGGCGAUCUUCUUUGUUCUGGAACCUACCAUGCCCUGGAGGAUAACAAGUGACCAGUUGUAGUUCCAACAGCUUCCGCUGACCUGGUAUACUUGGAAAGGCCAGUUCAUACCAAAGAUGACCCAUAUCAACUAUGUUGUCUCUCACAUUAAACCCUAUGACGAUGGGGGUCUGCAUUACUAUUCCCGUAACUAUUGCUGUCUCUAGCACCCCUUUAGCGAAGUUACAAAAGAGAUGAGGAUAUGAAAAUAUAUUUGACACCACUUCACUAAUGUACGAAUUAACUAAGUUGUAAUUAAAGUAGUAAGUUGUAGUAGUACAAGUAAUAGUUUAAGCAACUCAGGACUAUGCCAAAGACCACACUUUCCAGAAUCCUCAUUUUCUGGUAUACACGUGUUCACAAUAUAGUUUAAUAUAAAAGCUUUAGUUGUAGUUUUAUUUUUCUUACUUUAAAGCCUUGUAGGGUAUUUGGCAGUUUGGGAGAAGAGAGGGGACUUACCUUGAGAUCUUCUAUCACCCCAAUUAUUUUUCAAUAGAGAAAGGGUGUAACAAUUAUAUGGAAAGAUCCCAAAGCAGACUCACUACAUUUACUAGAGACAGAGUACAUUUACAUAGAAAGAGUAGUUAAUAGCUAUACAUUCCAAUGAAAAGAUGAAUACACUGUUAUAAGUAGUGAAAAAGAAUGCCCAAGGGAGGGCGGCGAGGAUAGGGCGAUGAGUGUGUUAGAAAGCACAAUGAUUGUAGAAAAAGUUUAUUUUUUAAGGCCACUAUCUUGCAUAGAUGUUCACAACAACGUAGGUGCAAGUACUUUUGAUUGUUGGGGCCAAUACCACCAGAAAGGUGG